GCGCGCCAAUGGUGGCGGAGCGCUGAGGGCGGCGCGGAGGCCGCGGCCGGGCCGGGCCGUGUGAGGGGACCCGGAGGGCUCUCCGCCGUCCCCGUCCCCUCGGCAGCGCUUCCCUGCGGGAACCCCCGGGCAUGGAGCUCGCCGGCCCUCCCGUGAGGGAGCUGAGGUUUGAUUUUGAGCAGAUGGCAUCCCUCAGCGGCGAGGAUGCGUCUCAGCAUUGCGAGGGGCUCUCCCUGGCCGAUCUGGAGAGCCUGCACAACUUGCGCAGCCGCUCGGCCAGCAUCAGCAGCACAGGCUCCAGCGGCCGCCUGCAGCUCCGGCAGAGAGUAGCCCACCUCAUGGCGUGCGUGGAGGACGUCAGCUCGGAUGAUGAGAUCCACGAGGAAGUGUCCCGCACCCUGGACGAAGCUUUCCUCAUCUGCGGGAAAAAGCUGAAGGAUAAGUGGCAAGAGUUCAGACUACACUUAGUUACCUGGAAUGUGGGCACAGCCUCUCCACCUCCUGAUGUCACUAGUUUACUUCAGCUCAAUUCACAGGGCCCGACUAUGGAUAUGUAUGUUAUAGGCUUACAGGAGGUGAACUCAAAAAUCACGAAUUUUCUGUCUGACUUGGCAUUUGAUGAUCCGUGGAGCAUUUUUUUCAUGACUGUGUUGUCUCCCUUGGGAUACAUCAAGCUCUCCUCCGUUCGCAUGCAGGGGUUGCUGCUGCUGAUCUUUGUGAAGCACAUCCACCUCCCCUUCCUCCGGGACAUCCACACCCAGUUCACACGCACCGGCCUCUACGGAUACUGGGGGAACAAAGGAGGAGUCAGCAUUCGCAUGUCCCUCUAUGGUCACACGGUCUGCUUCAUGAACUGCCACUUGCCAGCCCACAUGGAGAACACAGAGCAGCGACUGGAUGACUUUGAGAAAAUCCUGGAAAUGCAGUUUGAAGGAGAGAAUAUUCCAAGUACCUUGGAGCACGAUGUUCUCUUCUGGUUUGGAGAUCUAAACUUCCGGAUAGCAGACUACGGCAUCCACUUUGUGCGGGAAUCCAUCAACAACAAGCGUUACAGUCUGCUCUGGGAAAAGGACCAGUUAAAUAUGGCAAAAAAGACAGAAGCAUUUCUUAAGGAAUUCAUAGAGGGUCCUCUGCAGUUUAAGCCCACCUACAAGUUUGACCUUUACUCGGAUGUGUAUGAUACAAGUGAGAAGAAACGAAAGCCAGCGUGGACUGAUAGGAUUCUUUGGAGAGUGAAACAUCUCUGCCAGAAUGCAUCAAAAGAAGGCGAAUUCUCUGAAGAAGAGCAGACAAUUUUUGUUACUUUGAAUAACUAUGUCAGCCACAUGAGCUAUGGCAUCAGCGACCACAAACCUGUUACAGGAACAUUCGGGCUCGAGUUGAAGCCUCUUGUCUCAGUCCCUUUGGUGGUGCUGAAUCCUGAGGGCGAGUGGAGUGCAGAACAUGAUGUCAUCAUCCGCUACUCCGCAGUGCCUGAAUUCCCCAGCAGUGCUUGGGACUGGAUUGGGCUCUUCAAGGUGACUUUCAAGCAUACCAAUGAUUAUGUUACCUAUGCUUGGGUAGAAGAUGAUGAAAUCUCUUCUGACAAGGACAGUAAACAAGUUUACAUGAGUGCUACAGAAAUACCUACUAUGGGAGGAGAAUUUUUGCUGUGUUAUUAUAGCAAUAACUUGCAGUCAAUAGUUGGGAUCAGCGAGCCUUUUCGGAUUCAGCCCAGCAAAACUUCAACAGAAAAGGAUUUGGCACAGGGAGAGAACAGCUGGAUGCAGCAACCUGACAAUCUGGAAUCACGUGAUGAGUCUGAAGACAGGAAGGGCAUUUAGUGGUCCUGAUUCAGGAGUCAGAUGAUUCUUUAUGUCUUAGUGAUUGUAAGCUUUUACUCUUAGAAGAUGGAGUAAGACAGGUAGGAUUGUUCAGAAACUUUGUAAGCUCGUAGAAGAUAAUUUAUUGUGGAAACAGAUAUUUUUAUUAUGGGGAGAGUAACUCUCUUGCACUGGAUGAGAACUGUAAAAAUAGCACUUAAUGAAUGCUGUAUGUUUUAAGGUGAUAGACAUUUCUAAUGCAGUGAUUUAACCUAAGGAAGUUGCCAUGUUUAGUAGGUUUUUAGGCUCGUUCCCUUUUUUUGUAGAGGAUAUUUUAUUCACGAUGCAAUAUUUCCUAUGCUGUAACCACUUAAUAAUUGAUUUCCACAUUUUGAGUUUAAAUGAAGUUAUUUUAAAAAAAUAUUUAUUAGAUACGGCCAGUUAGCUUGUUUGGAAAUUUUAUUUGACUUUCAAAUGUAAGCUAAUUACCUUUUGGGAAACAUGUGUGACAACAGGUCACAUGAAAACAAAAUCUUUGUGUAAAGUCUCCUUUGGUAGAUCCUUUUCUUCAUGCCUUACUGAGAACUCUUUGUAGGAUUUUCCAUUUCUAAUUUUUCCAAAUUGAAAUACAUUUAUCAAAAUGCACUAUUCCUGAUUUUUUUUUUAAAUUCUUCUUUUAUAAAACAAUUAAGCAAUUUGCCUAUUGCCUUUCUCCCCCUCAUUAAAAAAAGUAAAAUAACACCAUUUUUAUACCAGUCCCUGGCUUGGAGUUGACCAGGAUCCCACAAUUUCUGAAAGAAAUGCUUUAGCAUAGGUGAGGAGCCCAUGACUGAUGAAGAAUUUGGCAUAAUCUGUGCUAUAAAAAUCGUAAAUCUCUUCCAUUUAUAGCAAUCAGUCUUAAAAAUUUCUGGUUUUCUAAUGGUGCUUAGACCUUAAUAUAUCCUGUGCACUUGAGGGUGGAGAUGGAAUGAAAAAACUUCAUGUACCUUUGGGAACCUGAAAGGUAGUUAGCUUCAGAAAUGGUUUUGUUCUUGAUGAGGAAAUGGAGAUAUUUGGAAAGGAUAGGAAGAGGCACCAACAUUCCACAGAAUGUGAGACCGCAGUGCUGGACAAGAGCACUGGUGAGUCUCCCGUGUUACAGAUCCAAAGCUUGCAGCUACCUGCCAUGCAUGGUAAGUAGAGUCAGUCACUAACCACUGUCCUGGUGGUUAGGGGUGGAAAAGAGCAAAUUUGGUUCAAGUGGAAGAGCAAAGGAUGUUGGUGUGUUCAUGCUGGAAUGCUGCUUCAGGAAGGAAUCGAUUCCUUUUUGCUCUUUUUCUCAAAGCCUUAUUUUUUUUCAGGGUUGUUUUGAGAUAGGAAGUUAGCACCUCGAUGAGGAUGGUUGUUUUGCAGUUACUUGCUUGUAUCAUUCACUGUAUAAAAUCUUUUGAGGGCCAGGUGUCUUUGUAUGCUGUGGAAGCUCGAAUAGGUUAUCUGCUUAGGUAGUUGCAGUGGGGUUUAGGAACACUUGGCCUCUGUAGGUUUUAGACAUACUCAGCUUAAAGCUUGGUGUUGGGAACCGCUCCCUGUCGUGAGUAGCAGGUUCAGAGGAUACUUGUGUUGGUUGCAUGGAUUAACACUGCCUUGAGGUUUACAGUUUGUACAUUCCUGUUACAAUUUGGAACCAUAUUAGAAACAGUUUUCACAUUUGUACCGGGCUGGCAACAAUUUGUUUUGCACUGAAUCUUUCAGGUGUGUGACUUCUCAUGGCAAUUAGGGCAUCAGACAAAUCCCUGUCGAAUUGCAAUAACUCCUGCAGUUCUCGAGUUGUCCUCUGUUCCUGAUUUCAUUUGUGUAACCAUUGCCAUACUCCACACAAGGAGAUUCUGUGGAGAGCCCAAAGAACAGUGGUCUGUGAAUUGCAGACCACAGCUGGUGAUUUACUGUGGACCAAGAUCCAGUUUCCUCCAAGCAGGGUGCGUGUGCUGUUCAGGAGCGGCGCAGAGGGGGAGCCACGCGGCCCCUCUGCUGGGGAGAGACACUCGGGAGCCUUCCUGUUGUGUGGGAGCUGAUAAACCCUCUGUCACUGGACACAGGAGCUGCAUUUUGUAAACUAAUCCUUUGAACCACAGGACUUCACUGCAAAUGCCCACGGCAGCUGGGGUUGGGACUGCUUGUUCGUAGGAUGCUGCACAGAACUGUACUUCUUUCUUCAGUAUUAUGCACACAGAGGCACUUUUGUUUACUACUGUUACCUAUGGUAGCUUUUCAAACUAUUCCAUGACCUGUAAUGAUGCAAUUUCUGAUGAAAUUUAUCUUUCUUAAGACACCUUUAAUUGGAUGUUAUAAUCACUGGAAAUGUUUUUAUACUCAUGUGUUUUCUUCUCCUGUACCUCUGAAAUAAAUCCUGGCAGUGAAGUGUU